GAGGAGGAGUAGUUGUUGCAGUAACAACAUCCUGGAUAUUGGAGCCUGGCGGCGCACACGGCUACAGAAAUAAAGGAGAAACGAAGACGUAAGGGAGGCGGUGGUGGUAAUCGCGAAUGUUUCAGAGCAUAGAAGCAGGGACAUGAACGUGAACCUGACAACUUUCAGGCAUUAAUUGUGGAUUUACGGUCUAUGGCGCCGAUUUAUCCCGAGGCACCGACAAGGUGAUGCAGCAGCGGCAUGACGGGAUCAGUCCGCUACAAGGCUGCCAGCUGAAUGCCUUUACUGGAGGAAAAAGGCGCAGCACACGUCCAGCGCAGGCCGGCUUGAUCUUUUAUUAAAAUAGGGCAUUAUGUAGAUAGGAUCACCCAGCGGUUGCGAUACACCCAUGGUUUACUUUCAUUAUUGUGUCGGCUCUUGAUAUCGCUCUCCAGCUCAGAGACGCUGCCACGGCAUCAAGCGGAUCAGGCCUGUGCUGAAACACCGUCCGCGCGCUCCGCGAUAUUUACCGCUGUAAGCGCAUGAUGUGACUGGAACUUUUAUCGUUAACAUGCAGAACGAAAACUCGUAACAUUGUGUUCACUAUUCAGUUUUCUUCAUGUUUCCCUAGGUUGCGAUGCUAUUUUGUCUUAUCAAACUGAUUUUUUCGCUAUCGAUAACGUAUUGCUAGUUUAAGAUAAAUACGCCUAACGGGCGGCGGUGAGGGCGGACUCGCCGUUCAUCGUGAAGAUAACGACACGACCCAACCCGCCUUGACACCGAGAAGCAUUUGGAUCAAAGCAAGGAUCAUGGAUCAGAAUGAUAAAAAGACCCUCACGAGCAAGUGGAAUCAGUUGUGAUCUACAAGACACCUCAAUUUCUAUGAUAAGAAGACAUUUGACGUUCAUCAUCAAAAUAUGACCACGCCGGCUCUAUUGCCACUCUCGGGACGUAGGAUACCUACCCUCUCGCCAGGUGCCUCCUCAUUCCCGCAUCACAGAGCCACCUUACGGCUCUCCGAGAAGUUCAUCCUCCUCCUCAUCCUCAGUGCCUUCAUCACCUUGUGCUUUGGAGCGUUUUUCUUCCUCCCGGACAAUUCCAAACACAAGCGCUUUGACUUUGGCUUGGAGGACGUGUUGAUACCGCACAUCGAGUCGGAGAAGGAAGCGAGGCACAGCAGCAGACAGGUUAUACAUGGCGUGGGAGCUCACGAUGAGCAUCGGCACAGGGAGGAAGAAGAGAGUCUUCGUGACAAGAUCCGGGCAGAUCAUGAGCGGGCACUGCAGGAAGCCAAGGAAAAGCUCCGCAAAUCCAAAGAGGAGCUGAAGGCAGAGAUCCAAACAGAGAAGACCAAGGUAGCUGAGGACCUGAAGAAGAAAGAUGGUCCCAAACCACUGCCUCCAGUACCCAUGCCCAAACUGGUAGGGGUCAAUGAUGGUGACCCAGGGGAUCCUGACACCAAGGAAAAGAGGGACAAAAUCAGAGAGAUGAUGAAACAUGCGUGGGACAGCUACAGGCAAUAUGGCUGGGGCCACAACGAGCUCAAGCCCCUCGCCAAGAAAGGACAUUCCACCAAUAUCUUCGGUAAUUCCCAGAUGGGGGCCACUAUAGUAGACGCCCUGGAUACCCUUUACAUAAUGGGCCUCCAUGACGAGUUUAAGGACGGCCAGGAGUGGAUCGAGCAAAACCUGGAUUUCAGUGUGAAUGCAGAAGUAUCUGUCUUUGAGGUCAACAUCCGCUUCAUUGGAGGGCUUCUGGCUGCAUACUACCUCUCUGGACAGGAGGUUUUUAAGGUGAAGGCUGUCCAGCUGGCAGAAAAGCUGCUUCCUGCUUUCAACACCCCAACAGGCAUCCCCUGGGCCAUGGUCAAUUUGAAGAGUGGAGUGGGUCGUAACUGGGGCUGGGCGUCAGCUGGUAGCAGUAUUCUGGCGGAGUUUGGGACGCUGCACAUGGAGUUUGUGCACCUGACAUAUCUAACCGGAAACCCUGCCUACUAUCAGAAGGUGAUGCACAUACGGAAGCUGCUGGCUAAGAUGGACAGACCCAACGGGCUUUACCCCAACUACCUGAACCCUCGAACAGGACGCUGGGGCCAGCAUCACACAUCUGUAGGUGGAUUGGGUGAUAGUUUCUAUGAAUACCUAUUGAAGGCCUGGCUAAUGUCUGACAAAACCGACACAGAGGCACGCAAGACCUACGACGAUGCCAUCGAGGCUAUUGAGCGUCACCUCAUUCGUAAGUCCAACGGCGGUCUUACUUUCAUUGGAGAGUGGAAAAAUGGCCACUUGGAGCGUAAGAUGGGUCAUCUGACUUGCUUUGCUGGGGGCAUGUUUGCCCUGGGGGCUGAUGGGUCACCGGAUGAUAAAGCUGGACACUAUCUGCAGCUCGGAGCAGAGAUUGCUCACACCUGCCACGAAAGCUACGAUCGCACUGUACUGAAGCUCGGUCCAGAGGCCUUUAAGUUUGACAGCGGGCUGGAGGCCGUGGCUGUGAGACAGAAUGAGAAGUACUACAUCCUGAGGCCUGAGGUCAUCGAGACAUACUGGUACAUGUGGAGAUUUACCCACGACCCUAAGUACAGGCAGUGGGGUUGGGAAGCAGCACAGGCUAUAGAUAAAUACUGUCGAGUAAGCGGAGGUUUCUCUGGUGUUAAAGACGUCUACUCCUCCAACCCCACCUAUGAUGACGUCCAGCAAAGCUUCUUCCUGGCUGAAACACUCAAGUAUCUAUAUCUGCUUUUCUCCAGCGACGAGCUGCUGCCUCUUGAGAAUUGGGUGUUCAACACGGAGGCCCACCCUCUGCCCGUCCUGCACCUGGGCAACAUCACCCUGCCUGGCAGCGAGACCCAGCGGUAGAGUGGACUCACCGGGGGGGCGCCCUCCCCCUCGCUCACCCCUUUUCUAUACACCUCCCUCCUCGUGAAAGACAGCAGCUGCUAGUGCAAAGGAGAGGAGAGAACUGUACCCACCAACCAGUGUCUCCUCCUGGACUGUGAAUCAUGGGACUUCAGUGAACGGAGGGGGCCGGAACAGACCGAACUCUCUUUAUCUAUGUCUCUCUCAUAUAUUAUCUGAAGGACAGACUGCCGGAUUGAUCAUGUGCGUCUCUCUCUCUUGUGGCCGCCGGUCUGACGCGUCCAUACACACGCAUUUGCGGACAAAAAGACCUCCUGAAAUGGAUGUGCGUUUCUCACCAGGGAAGGAUUUGAACAAGUUCACUCUUUCUUUCUUUUUUUCCAAUUUGGCAGCAUUUCGUGUCAUCAGCUCAGUACUAAAUCACUUCAAAAUGGUGGAUAAAUGGUUCCUGGACCAGACCGCCUUCAGAGCCUUUCGCUUUCUGAGCUGGGCUCCUGGAGACAGCAGAUGUUGGAUUUGACCUCCUGUGAAAUCUUUCUCCAGCUGAGGCUGAAUUUAGACCACAGGCAACCAGGGAUGUUCUUUUCUCCAGGAUUUCUCUUCACACUGUCUCUCCGAUGUCUCUGUUAAGGUUAGCAGGUAAAAACGGACACGUGCUGCUAUCGAACAGCUGCUGCCUGUGAAACGGUCACCGCUGUCAUUCCAGAAAAACCUGAGCUUUUCUGUGUCUCUCCAUUCCUAUGUUUCUUUUCAUCCUUUUCUGAACGCUCAAUGUCAUUCAUUCUGCUUUCUGAAACAUGGAUGGGCUGGUGUUUGGUUUUGCCAUACAUUGAAUCAAUAACACUUGAAGCAGCAGUAGCUGUGGCUUGUGGAGAGAAGUCACAUCGCUUUAGAUGCUAAUGCUCAUGGUCCUCACCAUUUGUUUUCAUUUGUCGAUGGUGCUGCUCUGUUAGACCAGACCAGAUUUUUUCAACAGCUGAGUUUUACCACUAAUCGUAGCCAAUGAGACAGAGAUUUAUAUAUAUAAUAUGAGGGUUUAGAGUUCAGAAAAUACACUGUGUGUGCCCUGUACAAGAAACCCAGAGUAAAUAAAACACAAAAACCAGUGCAAAGAUUUUGAAUACAGUUGCAUAACAACAAAGCCCAUGGUGUAGGAUGUUUUAGACUUGGGAAUAAUCCUAAACUGAGGUCAAAGACUUUUUUUUGUGUUUUUUUUCUUGUCAUUCCAGUUUCUGGAUGCGUUUUCUUUCAAGUCAAAUGCAUAUCUCUGAAUAUUUCAUGUGAGUUUUAACAUGACUUUUCCAUGAAUGUUUCGGUCCUGGGCUGUAAACGCUCUGGACGUCCCUGGACAUAUUUUCUGAGAUCCGGUGGUGGCAGACAGAAACAGAUUCCUGAUAUCAGAUUAUUCACUUGAGUUUGAUCAAACAUGACCUGCAGCCAAUUGUAUUGAAGUUUUUUUUUUUUUAAUUUAUUUAAAAAAAAAGUUUGUUUGCUUUAUUUGACCUUUAAUGAAUAUUGACUGUUUUGAUUGUCUGUUUGGAAGACAUGCUCAGCCUUAUGCUCUCUGACUCAUGUUUGGUUGGUUGGUUGGUUGGUUUGUUUGUUGUAAUCUUCUAUUGUAUAAAAUCCACAGAAUAUUUCAUGUAGUUGAUCGGAGAAGGGGAAGUUAAUUAUUUUAUCUUAGGUCAUGAAGAAUCUGUAUGGGAAUCAGUUUUUUAGAAAGACUUGAGCACCGCUGACGGUAUGCUGGGGGUCAUCGAUCGGCCCCACUGAAGGGUCUUUCUCUUUGUAUCCUGUCAUUUCAGUUUCUAAACCACUCAUCCCAGCCUGAAGGAGACGCGUCCUCUCCUCCCCUCUAGAUGGCAGCAGUGGUGUCCUGCUACUCCUGUAUGUGUCAUUUUCUUUUCUCUCAGUGACAUGACUUUGACUAAUGGUGAGUGAAGCCCAGGCCAGCACUCUUCCCUGGUGUUGCUGGGUGGGUUUUGAAAAUGCUGUGUUCCGUAUUUGUAUUUUUACUGAACAAAAAAAAACAAAAACAAAAACAAUAAUUGUAAAUAUGUUUAAAAUGCCACACAAAUUCAAUAAAGAUGUUACAAAAAGUGAACUGAAUAAAA